AUGCAGCAAUCACAGCCUGUGGCGCCGCCGCCAGAAUACACGCGAAGAGACCCGGCAUCGACGCCAUCAACUCUGUUGGGCUCUUCUCGAGCUCCCCCGUCCCAAGCNCAAUCCACACAAUGUCCUACCACAAGCCCAAACUCAAAUACCGUCACAGUCGACGACACCACAGGAGCAGUAUGCUUCCCGUCCCCCACAUCUACAACCAAUACCUCAGACUACGCCCGUCCGCCCUCCCCGACUCCAAGCACUCAAACAACCGCUUCCACCAUCCUCCCAACAUAUGCCGAAACAGGGAGCUACAAAGGGUUUCCUAGCGAGGCAGCAUACAUAGCCGCUCUGACCGAAUGGGCCGAGCACAAGAAAUACGUGCAACCCAGCGAGGAAGCCCAAACCCUGUCUGGCNNUUUUUUUGGGUACAAGACCAUGGAUGAGUACACUGGCGAGCCAAAGGCACCGAGAACUACAAGGAGGAAGUCAAGUCAGGGUCAAGGCGAAAGAGGAGGUUUUGUGGGCUUCUUGAAAAAGAUGGCCAAGAAGGAUGAAGGAGGUGGGCAUGGGGGUUGA